AUGCCUCUAGUCAAAAGAUCCAAAGCUGACAUUUUACGCAGAAAAAAUAAAAACGAGUUGAAAGAACUUUGCAUCGAAUACGGACUUCCGACUUGGGGCAGCAGAGGGGAUCUCGAAGACCGCAUUCGAGAUCAACAUAAGUCUAAAAAUAAAAUAUUCGAAUAUUGUGUUGAAGAACAAAGUAAACCCAAAGCGUCUUCCUCUUCAACGCCAUCUGUGCCAUUAAAUGUGGCUAUGCCAGAAGAUAUGAUCAAAUCAUUGCCAGCAUCAAUGUCUUUGUCUUCGACUUUGUCACAACCAAAUGAUGAUUCUAAAAUUGAAAAAUCUGUUGAAGUUGUUGCUGCAGAAAUAUUAUGCGCUAUGGUAGCAUCAAAAACGCUCGAAGAAAUGAAUCCAAUUGAGUACUACGCUGAUGUCAUUAAUGGUCUGCUCGAACUGAGCAAUCGUCAAUGA